CGAAUGUAGGUACUCAGUUGCAUAAGCUGCUUUACCUUUUUUUCUCUACUUUUCUCACUUUUUCCUCUCCAGAUUAAACUCUUCAUCUGUUUGUGUUUGUAUUGUGGUGCUGCUUUUAAUAGAUGGGUUUUUAUGAAUUUGUGUUUUUUGGGUCUUUGUUGUCGAUUCUGGUGGCGCCACCGUCUUGUGAAGCCAGAGUUGGUCGACGAACCCCUUGGGACCCCAUAAUCCGGUCGCCGGUGGAGCACCCUGGAACUGAAAAAAAUGGUACGAGAUGGGCAGUUCUUAUAGCAGGUUCCAGUGGGUAUAGCAAUUACCGCCAUCAGGCGGAUGUUUGUCAUGCAUAUCAAAUCUUGAACAGGGGAGGCUUGAAAGAUGAGAACAUUGUAGUUUUCAUGUAUGAUGACAUAGCAGAUAACGAAAUGAACCCAAGAAAUGGUGUUAUAAUCAACCAUCCCGAAGGCGAUGACGUCUAUGCCGGAGUGCCAAAGGACUAUACUGGUGAGGAAAUUACGGUAAAGAAUUUUUUUGCUGUGAUCCUUGGUGACAAGAAAGCUGUGAAAGGAGGAAGUGGAAAGGUUGUCGACAGUAAACCUAAUGAUAGAAUCUUUAUAUAUUACUCUGAUCAUGGGGGUCCUGGAGUGCUUGGGAUGCCAAGUACCCCAUACCUUUACGGGAAGGAUUUCAUUGAUGUUUUAAGAAAGAAGCAUGCCUCUGGAACCUACAAAGAGAUGGUCAUAUAUGUUGAAGCAUGUGAAAGCGGGAGUAUAUUUGAAGGCUUGCUGCCUGAAGAUCUGAACGUAUAUGUGACAACGGCAUCAAGCGCAGAUGAGAGCAGUUGGGGAACAUAUUGUCCGGGAAUGGAUCCUCCGCCUCCUCCAGAGUACAUAACAUGCUUGGGAGAUCUAUAUAGUGUUGCUUGGCUGGAGGAUAGUGAGUCUCACAACCUGAAAAAAGAAACAGUGGAGCAGCAGUAUCAGAAGGUCAAGGAUAGGACAUCCAACUACAACACCUAUAAUGCUGGAUCUCAUGUGAUGGAAUACGGCAAUAAAAGCAUCAAACCCGAAAAGCUCUCUUUGUACCAGGGUUUUGAUCCUGCAACCGAGAACCUCCCUUCAAAUCGAAUUGGCUUCAAUCAUCAGAUGGAUGUUAUUAACCAGAGAGACGCUGACCUUCUCUUCCUGUGGGAAAAGUACAAAAAAAUGGAGGCUGGUAGUAACAAGAAGGCAGAAACCCUUCAGCAGAUCAGAAACACAUUACUCCACAGAAAGCAUUUGGAUGGGAGCAUCAAUUUUAUCGGAUUGGUCUUAUUUGGUCCUGCAAAGGGGCCUUCCAUUCUGGAAUCUGUGCGAGGUCGUGGUUUACCCCUUGUGGACGACUGGGAUUGUUUAAAAUCAAUGGUUCGUCUGUUUGAGACACAUUGUGGUCCAUUAACUCAAUACGGGAUGAAGCAUAUGCGAGCUUUUGCAAAUAUAUGCAACAACAACGUCUCUGAAGAAGAUAUGGAAGAAGCUUGUUUGGUUGCAUGCCACGGCCAUGAUUCCGCAGAUUGGACUCCUUUAAAUCUUCGAGGUUUUAGUGCUUGAUACACGUAUAUGUGUUGUAAUUUAUCAGUUUGUGCUGGAAAAGUUGGCUCUCUCUCUCUCUCUAUGAGACAAUGAAGUAAUAAUGUGGCUUAAGAUCCAUUCGUGUAUGGAAAUCUGGUGUAUAUGAAGGUGUGAUAUCUCGAGUUUCAAGUUUUUUGCA